UUGAGUAAAAUGUUAUCAUAAUAUCGCACAAAUGUUCAGUUUGUCUUGUAAAAUUUGAACUUUAUAUAUAUUUAUAAUACUAGAGGAAGGCAUUUUUCUGAGGUCUCAAGAAGGUAACAGGUACAAAAAUGUUUGUGUGUGUGUGUGUAUGCGUGUGUGUGUGUGUGUGUGUGUGUGUAAAGUGAUACUACACACACACUUCACAAAGGAAUGGUUGGGUGGGUGUGUUCUAGAGUGCAGUAAGGAAGAGAAAGACAUUAACAGAAGCGAACCCCAAAGAUUGCUUUCCUGCAAACAACAAAAGAGCAUUACCCAGAUGAAGUGUUAAAUGCACUUGAUAAAAAAGAGAAGACAGAAAGUAAAACGCAGCAAGAGUUAAAAGGAGCAGGAAUUGUGCUGCAGGCUAAGAGGGAAGCAGCAAUACACAACUCUGGGAUAUUUUGGGUGUUUUCCUGUUGAUUCUUCGCAUCAGACAGCACAGUGUCAUUUGCUACAUGUCAACAACCAUCUCCUCAGAUGGAAAGCUACAUCGUCACUCUGGCAACGGGCACAUCGGAGUAUUCAGGCACCAACAACUACAUCUAUGUGACGCUGGUGGGGGUGACGGGGGAAAGCGAGCGCACUCUACUGGACAACCCAGGCCUAGACUUCUGCCGAGGGGCGGUGGAUGAGUACAAAGUAAGCAGCCAUACCCCUCUCGGCCCUCUGCUACUUGUCAGACUAGAAAAAGAGCGAUACUGGCUGGAAGAUAACUGGUUCUGUCGCUACGUCACUGUGAAACCUCCAAUUGGAGACCGAGCGCUGACCUUCCCUUGUUACCGCUGGUUUGUGGGAGAUGUCACAGUGGAGAUAAGAGAAGGAACAGCCAAGACACAUAGAGAUGACUCCUUAGCUAUUCUCCAAACUCACAGAAAAAGAGAACUUCAGGACAGACAGCAGACUUACAGAUGGCUAACGUGGGCGACUGGAAUACCACGAUGUAUCGAUGCUAAAACAGAAGCGGAUUUGCCACAAGAUGCUCGUUUUGACAACGAGAAGAGGAGUGACUUUGAGUAUUCAUUACAUUUCGCCUUGUUGGAAUUGUCGCUUAAGAAGCUCGCCAUCUGUUUUGGGAAUUCCUGGGACGACCUUGAGGAUUUCAAACAGAUCUUCUGGAAGCUCCGAAGCCCAAUAUCUGAGUACUGCAUGAACCACUGGAAGGAAGACUGGUUCUUUGGUUACCAGUGUCUAAAUGGCUCGAACCCCAGAAUGAUCCGCAGGUGUAAGAGGCUACCAGAGAACUUCCCAGUCUCAGCUUCCAUGGUGCAGAGCUCAUUACCUCUUCGAACUAACCUGAACAAAGAACUUCAGGCGGGUAACAUAUAUUUGUUGGAUUAUAUCAUCAUGGAGGGGAUUCCCUGCAACACAAUCAAGGGUAAACCACAAUACAUCGCUGCUCCCCUCUGUCUCCUCUACCAACAUCCAGACCAAGGGCUCAUACCUAUUGCUAUUCAGCUGGGUCAAAUUCCAGGCUUGGACACACCCAUUUUUCUGCCUAAAGACCCAACCCUUGCCUGGCUGCUGGCAAAGAUGUGGGUGCGUCACUCGGAGUUCCAGAUCUUCCAAGUGCUAUCUCACCUGCUCAGGACUCACUUGGUGGUGGAGGUGUUCUGUGUGGCCACGCUGAGACAGUUGCCAGCCGUACAUCCCGUUUAUAAGAUGCUGGCCCCCCAUCAGCGCUACACACUGGAAAUCAACUGUCGGGGGCGCACUCAGCUCAUCUCAUCAGAUGGCAUCUUUAAACGGGUUGUGUCUACAGGUGGUGAUGGUCUGGUCAUUCUGGCCCAGAGAGAGUACAAAGAUCUCACCUACCGCUCACUCCAGCCCUUCCUUGAUUUUGCUGAUCGAGAGGUUUCUCACCUGCCAAAUUAUUUUUACAGAGAACACAGUCUGAUGCUGUGGGAGUCAAUACACAGUUUUGUCUCAGAAAUGGUGAGCCUGUACUAUCAGUCCGACCAAGAUGUGCAUCAGGACUCUGAACUCCAAGCCUGGGUCAAAGACAUCACACAAGUGGGCUUCACAGAGCUCCCCCACUUUGGUCUUCCUAGUGAGCUGAGCACCAAAGCGGAACUGUCCACCUUGCUUGCAGUGAUCAUCUUCACCAGCACAGUCCAGCAUGCUGCUUCUAACAAUGGGCAGUUUGACUGGUGUGCAUGGAUACCAAAUACCCCUUGCACCAUGAGACAACCACCACCGACAGACAAAGAUGCUGUUACAAUGGAAAUGAUCAUGGCCACCCUUCCCGAUGUCAGUCAGUCAUGUGUGCAGAUGGCCAUCACGUGGCAUCUGGGACGAGCACAACCUGAUGCAAUUUUUUUGGGAGACUACACAGAGCAGCACUUCAGUGAGGGGCGAGCUUUGGAGCUAAUUGACAGAUUUAAAAAGGAUCUGAAAGAGAUUGAAGGCCACAUCUUAAGUCAGAAUGAAGGACAGGAGCUGCCCUACCUAUUCCUACUGCCGAGUCGUGUAGAAAACAGCAUCACAAUAUGA